AUGUAUAACGGCAUCGGGUUGCCAACUCCGAGGGGCAGUGGCACAAACGGUUACGUUCAACGAAACUUGGCCUUCCUUACAACUUUCAAGGAGAAAAUAAAUUACAAAACGGAUGAAGAUAUUAAGCGUGCAGACGCAGUUGCUUUUAAGGAACCGAACAAGGAUAUACUUUUGCACGAGAGGAAACGAAAAGUUGAAGUUAAGUGCUUUGAGCUACGGCAGGCCAUGGAGGACCAGGGGUACACAGAGGAGGAAAUUGACGAAAAGGUGUCUGCUCUUCGAAAAGAGCUUUCUUCAAAACUUGAUGACGAUAUUACUCCUAAGCGCCUUGGUGAAGCCUUUAAAAUUAAGUCAUCAAUUAUCCCCGACACUAACCGCCUUUUACCUAAAGGCACACAUGAAACAGCGGCUGUAGCUGUAUUAAAGAACUCUGUUUUCAAGGAUGCUUUGGGUAUUAGCGACGAUUAUGAAGUCGGAACCUCAAUGCAGCGUUCCUACGAAAGACGGCAACAGGCGGAAGAAUCUAAGGCUCUAUUCGAAUCUCAAAAGCGCCUAAGGUGA